GAUCUGUCAGCCGUAUCCUAUGUUGCAUCCGAUUUCUGUGAGUUGUGUGAUGGAUGUGAAUUGAACUAUGGAGGAGGAGUCAAUGUCAGGGCACAGCUGUUCUGAGGACGAUAUCAGUGUUGGGCGACCGUCGCCGGCUCCGUCGCGUUCGCCGUCACCCCAGGACUAUUUCCGGCCUUUGAAACGGUUGAAGAUGGCCUCCGAGCCGGUCGAGGAGAGGCGCGGCGAUGGUGUGAAAAGUUUUUCGAUUCUGGACAUUUUGUCGCACAGUCCGCGGACUCCGCCGCGUAUUGUCAGGCCGUGGGAUGCGUCGGGGUUCGAGCGCUUGCAGCGGUUGCAGCGUUUAGCUGGCGCGGCCUUGCUGGACGGAGAGAGAUGGCGUUUAGCAGCGCUAGGUCUUUUACGACCGAGAGAAUUGCCAGCUGAAUGCUGCGAUUCAGCGUCGGAAAGGUCUUCUUCAGCGUCUGAUUGCUGUUCGGAGCCUCGGCGGCCUCCGCAGCAGGGUUCUGCUGCCCAUACGCCUCUAGAUGCCCUUUUCCACAUGACCAGCAAAACAUUUGAAGCCAACAGUCCUGACAAUGGAGAUGCUCAGUCAAAUCACCUGAACCUCUUCAACUCGAGGCCCCAACCGAAAAAGAAACGAAAGUCCAGAACGGCAUUCACAAACCAUCAGAUCUUUGAGCUGGAGAAACGGUUUCUAUAUCAAAAAUAUUUAUCUCCGGCCGAUCGUGAUGAGAUAGCCAGCUCUCUCGGUCUCUCCAAUGCUCAAGUGAUCACCUGGUUCCAAAAUAGACGAGCGAAGUUGAAACGUGACAUGGAGGAGCUGAAAAAAGACGUAGAAAGCGCUAAAGUCCUUUCAGCUCACAAGAGUUUCCUCGAGAAUGUGACAGACUUGGGCAUUUUAAAGAAGAAAGCUAUGAGCAUAGGGGCAAGUGAAGAAGCAGCGACGAAUUUAGUUGUGAGCGCGUCUAAAUGAAACGAGGCGGCGCGUUCUAUCGCGCCAGACGUCUAUGACAGGCGUUUACUCGAUUUUUAAAAAUCGAAUCGAACUAUUUAAUUGUCGAUAGAACUUUAUCGAAUGUGCUUCGAACUAGUGUUUUUUAUUUAAUAUGUAUAUAAUUAGACGCUGUACAAAUGAGUAUAAAUGUGAUUUAUUUAAGUACUUAAUAGAGAUACUUAAUUUAUUUAUUAAAUCUGGCGUUAAGAUCGCAAUACAACAAUAUAAUAUAAUUUAAUUUAUUAACAGUUUUUCAUUUUUAAAUCAAUGAUAUCCCAUAUACGAACUUUUACGUUACUUGUCGUGGGCUUUAAAAAUAUUUAUAAACAAAAUAACUGCGUUAACAGUCCUUAUAUUACGACCAAGUUGUAGAACAUUCCUCGCUUUAAAUAUUACUCCAGAGGCUCAUUUAGGUCGUUAUUCUGAAUUUAAACCCAGAUUUCAACUUAUAUUGGUUAAAAUCUAUCCGAAUAAUCUAACUUCAAAAUCAAAUCAAAAUUGAUUUUAAACACACUGGUACUCUUAUCAUCGUCAAUAUUUAAAAAAAUAGAUGAGUUAUUUCCAAAUUUCACAAAAUAAUCACAUUAUAUUAACAAUUAUAAAAGAAAGAUUUCAAUAACAAAUUACAUGUAUUUCAAAAGUCGUGUUUUGUUUGAUAAGUCGAGGUUUGUUUAUAAAUCCUGGAAAAGGUGAAAUUUUCGAAUCUAUUCGUAAAUUAUUGUUUUCAUUUUGGAUCGCUCGUGUAUAAGAUAUGCGCAUGGUACUUUAUUAUGAAUUAUUCUUGGGAUAUUAUUGUUAUCAUACGUGCAAUAAAAAUUUCUUUCAUGCCAGAUAUUAACCCUAUUGUAAAUAUUAUAAUGUACAGAUUCAUAAUGUUAAGUUACCUCUGUGGAUCACUUCAAAAUUCAUUUAUUUUUAAACUAUUUUAACAGAAGUUCAUCUUAGUAAAUUAUG